AUGUUUGUCCUGAUAACCUUUGCUGUGAUGUCCGUUCAGGACGUUAGCUUACCAGUCAGGGCUUGUUUCGUGGCUGAGUAAUAAUGUCUGUGGAAAGAAGCAGAUACUACUCAGUUCUUUGGCUUCUUUAACACUGGGUUUUAUAUUUAAUCUUCCUGCAGAAGUCUCAUGUCUGAUGUGUGCCUUUUAUGCGGUAAUUUAAAGCCUCCUGAAGGUAUUUUUACUGUCCCCCAACUCGUGAUACCAGGAUAUGCGCAAACAGAGGAAAUGAGGAUCCAUCGUGAAUAUUUACUGGUGUGAACGCAAGUGACAUACAUACGCUGCGUGUUGUCUGUGCAGCUCGCAUGCAUGCAUCUCGUCAGGAGCAUCCGACAGCGGCUGUGCCACAAAUAGAUGCUUCAAUAGGAAGCAGUGGUGGUAAAGCUAGAUUUUGUGGUAGGAUGUGGUUUAGACUGCUGUCAAUUCACAUUUUUACAUUCGAUACAGGUUAGGCUUGGAUGUUUCCGCUGAAAGAAUGCUGGGUAAAAUGUUGAAUUGGAGCAGAAGUAGAUGAUGAAUGAAGGCUGAAAAAAAUAGCGUGCUUCUGAGCGAGCUAUUAAUAGUGUUUCAUCCUAUUUAUGCCUAAAAAUGAGGUGCUUGGGUUCUUUAUUUUUGCAUCUCAAGCACCAAAAGAUGACCAGGGGACACUGGGCUUUAAAAAAGGAAAAGUACAGACAAACAAAACCCUGAAAUACAUAUUACAUGGAUUUUCCUUUUGCAUUUUUCCAAAGGUUCUAGUGGGCUGUCUUCUUACUGGUAGGAGGAAUUGCUCUGAAAUUCCUGAGCUUAGUAAAAUGAAGAAAAAUUAAUUUAAAAAAACCCAAACCAACGGUGUUGGGAGCAUGUUUUAGAUCUGACUGGACUGCAAACUGUCAGCUCUCCUGCAAUUCCCCUUUCCCUGGAAAUAAGUCUCUGAGCGCACUGGAGCAUGAGAGUGGAUAGAAGUGACACAAGUAAUCAUGCUCUAAGGCAGCACUGUGCGGUGAUGAGUGCUGGCCUUUUUCUUGGAGCUUGCUUUGCCUUCUUCACUGGGGAUUUCCCAUCCAUUUGGAGCUGCUGUAGUUUGUGUAACUCUGCCUUGAAUCGCUAAGCUAGCGCGUACUUUUAUGAUGGCAUUAGUGCAUUCCUGGUGUAGCUCCCAGGGCAGAGCACAAGCGCUGCCUUCAAUCAGUGCCCAGCUAUCGAUUUGCCUUCUCCUCUAGAAAAAGCGGCUUCGGAAUGUGAUUCUGUUUGAUUGCUGUCAGGCACAGCAAUAUGAAAUAUUGUUAAUGCUAUCUCUGUUCCGUUCUAAAUGGGCAGUUGAAAUGUUUGUGUUAAGAUCACUGGAGUAAAGGACUUGGUAGUCUGCCUGCAGGCAGUGUUCUGGAGUGAUGAUUUCUGACUUUCCGUCUCAGGCUUGAGUGCGGGUUGUGUGCAGGUGAAGUCUGUGUGUCUUUAUUUGUUAUAGAACAUAAUAAAGAAGCUUGCGUUUGAUAGAGCUAAUGCUAUUGAAAUUAAAAUACUGCUUCCUUAAGUAUUCUUCCACCAUCUGCGCAAGAAAUGGAAACCCCUGAGAAGACGAAGAAUCUGGUUUGGUUUUCUACUUGGCAAAAUUAGAGCUUUUAGUCUUGAAAUGCAGAGCCUUUAUGUGCCACGGAUGAACAGUGAAUGAUCUGAAACACGGCGAUUCCUCUGUGAGGAGCUGUCUUCCAUCGGUGACACUGGAAGCGAAACUAUCGGGAUGUAUUCCUAAGGCUUUCAGGGAGGUGUUGAUUGCCUGUUGGCUUGUCUCAUGAUUCUCCUCAUCAUUUGAGACCAGAUCCUUUACAUAGGGAGUCUAAUUUGUGUAAAACCACAAGGGGUUUGGUUCUCCAUUUCCAGGUAAUGGGUACUGUCGCCUGCAUCCACUUGGUGUAACCAUAACCCAUUGUUGUUCUGCUCUGGGGGCAUUUGGAAUCUGCCUGACGUAAGGCUGAGCUGCCCUGGUGUAAGAAGACUUUCAGAUUCAGUGUCUUGUGAUGCUUUUCAGGUUAAAACCAAAGUAGAAUGUCCCUGCAGUAAAAAUCCAGCAUCCUUGGAGGUUUCGUCCUCCAAUUCUUCCUGGUUUCACUAGUGUUGCAAACUAAAAAUCUUCAAAAUGAUCCUUGCUGAUGGUGUUGCUGUUCCCAAAUCUAACCUGGUGUCUGGAAUUUAGGAGGGAUCUGUGCGCUGUACCUGAUGUAACCACAACCAUGUGCCAAUACCAUCAGCAGAGUGAACUUUGUAGCAGUGCAAUAACCGUUUUUUCCAGUUCCCGUAUUCAGUGGUGGAGGUUAAGGUCCAGUUUGCCAAGUGCUGUUUUAAAAUGUGAGUGCGUGGGCUGGGGAGACUCAGUCUCUUGCAGUAGAAUUGAUCUAGGAACGUGUCCAAUGCUCAGCCUUGCAGAGGCAUCCUGUUUCCUUUUGAGAGGAGAGAGGAAGGAUAAAUUUAUGUGGGGGCUGAUCCUGUUGUGCUUGUUGAUGGGAUGGAGAAGAUGUGGUCUCUGAGAACCCAAUAUAAGAAUUAUGCUUUCUUUUAAGCUGCUCGCUGGGUUCAUACUGCGUUGUUGUAGCGACUGCUGCCUCUCUGGUAGUUUGUUCUCACUCUCCUGAUGUGAGUUGCCAAUCUUAGAGCAAAAUUACUCUGAUUUUUUUGUUUCCUUGGAGUUUAUGCUGACAUUUCUCCAAGGACUUUUGUGUGUGUCCAAGAGAAAUGGAGACUGAAAAUGCGUAGUUGUUCUGUUUGCCUGUUUCUGUGUCUGUGACAGUUCAGGAUGAAGCAGAUGGUUUUGAGGUGCCUUGCCUGCCCCCUGUUCUUCCUGGGGCAUGAAGCUUGUUGACUAUUUGAGACAGAGGCCCAAAGUCACUGGAGCGAUACUGGUUUGAAGAGCAGAGCCUCCUUCUUUUAUCUCCCUCUGUGUUUAGCUAUUUAUUUCCUCCCCAUUUUGCUAAUGCUAGUGUUCGUGCAGACACAUAGUGAGACAGAUUAGGGAGCUGAUCCAGCUGAAAACUAACCCAUUUUAGUAAGGGAGUGGGAAAGGAUUUGUUUGGGGAGUGUUUGCUGGUAAUUGCUGGUGCAGGGAGGUGAUAUGAAUGAGGGGGAGGGAAAGACACUGCCUCUUUUGCAGCAGCCUGUGCUUAUGUUGGAUUAAAGUGACUCUGGACCCACACCCAUGGUCGCUGCUGUAAAUUGCCUGGCGGUAAUCUCUGCUGAACGAUGCCGAGCUCCUCUCUUGUGAACCUGCAUGUGGGCACUGCUGCCUCCUUGCCUCGGCUCCUCAGGAGCAGUCGAUCUGCAAAGUGAAGCAGGGCUGGGUGAUUUCUCUGGUCAGCUUUUAGCUUAUUUGAGUCUUGGUCCGAUAUUCAUUAUUGUUGGCUUUGUAACACUCAUCAUAUUCAAGAGAGAGCUUCACACGAUCUCUUUCUUGGGAGGGCUGGCAUUCAACGAGGGAGUGAACUGGUUAAUAAAAAACGUUAUUCGUGAGCCUCGGCCCUGUGAAGAAGCCCAUUCAACAGUGACCACAAAGUAUGGGAUGCCGUCCAGCCACUCCCAAUUCAUGUGGUUUUUCUCUGUCUAUUCCUUUCUGUUCCUUUAUUUAAGAAUGCACCAAACAAACAAUGCGAGGUUUCUGGAUUUACUAUGGCGACAUGUGCUGUCCAUCUGCCUCGUCACAGUGGCUUUGCUAGUCUCAUAUAGUAGGGUUUAUUUGCUUUACCACACCUGGAGCCAAGUCCUAUAUGGAGGUGUGGCAGGAAGCAUUAUGGCCAUAGCCUGGUUUGCCUUCACACAAGAGAUAUUAACUCCUCUCUUCCCAAGGAUAGCUGCGUGGCCGAUUUCAGAGUUCUUUUUAAUCCGAGAUACCAGCCUCAUCCCUAACAUCCUGUGGUUUGAAUACACAGUCACGAGAGCAGAGGCGAGAAACAGACAGCGCAAGCUGGGUACGAAGCUCCAGUGACUUGGGCAGCGUGGGGACCAGAGUGCACGUUUUAACGGAGAUGGCGAAGAGCAGAGACCUGGGAGCAGCAAGGAGCCUUUUAACAAAUGGACCAAAGGAACAGGCAGGGACCAUACCCAAAACCUGAAAGCCUUUGCUCUGCUUUAGCAGCUAGCUGGAUGCUCCCUGAUGCAUGUGGGACUGUGCAGGAGUGGAAACUCAUUUUCAACACCGAUGCACAUUGCUGGUUGGAAUGUACCCAUCAUGUCUACGUCAGGGGAGGGGGGAGAAGAUGCCUGGUGUCGUGUUUGGGGGAGGGAAAACCAAAAACGAAUUCUUUCUGUGACUUUUCUUUUUUUUUUUCAGCAUGAAAUAUACACAUUAUUUAUUUAUUUUUUUAAACUGAACUAUUGUUUUUGGGGUGGGUGAGGCAUCGUGUGUUUUGGUUUUGCUUUUUGUUUGGGUUUCUCUUUUUGGAAGAAGAUGACAAAACUAAUCUCCACUCGAUCAUGCAUAAAUAGGGCUUUUAAUUUUUAAGAACUUCUUAGGAGGGAGGGGAACUGGGAUGGGGUGACUUAGGUGGAAAGGGGAGGAAAGCUUCCUUGCCUUUCUGCAGCCAGUUUGGGAGAUCAAAAUCGAUUCCAACUGCACUUUGUACAGAUAGAAAGAGAGACUAAAGAUCUGAUUUUUAACACUAGUGAUGGUUCUGCAGGGAAGCCUGCACGGAUACCAGUAAGGGGGAGUGCGUGUGUGUAAAACAAAGGAAAAACUGAAAUAUACUGACUAUUCUUUUUUCCACUGCUGCUCCUGUUGUGUAAUUAGCAAGAGUGUUUUUCUCAGAAUCUCUUCUAGGUGGCAAGGCUAUCGUGCAUAUCUCACAUUUAUUCCAUCUCUUCCUUUAUACUUUUAUUACCUCAGGGUUGCUGUGAUCUGUACAGCUGCUGCUGCUGUGCUGAGCGCGCUGCCAAUGGCAGCAGAAUGCCUGUGGGUUCUAAGCGGUGCUGUGCUCCAGUGAGAGUCAGCCCAAAGCCUUACACAAUUCAGUCUUAAGCACUGGAGUUUAUUUUUUUUUUUUCCUGUUAAAGGGAGGGAUUUUUAAGAAAGAACAAAGUGACAACUGUGAAUAACAAGGCGAAUGAGCAGGAACUGGCUCAGCUGCUGUCUGAGUCCUGUUAGAAUCCAGCUGUGUACUCGAGCACUGAGCUUGUCCCAGCGGAGACUCCCACCAGUUAUAGCAGUAGCUUGGUUGGGGUUCUGCAGUGGUAACCUCGAAUGCUGAGCUCCUGCAAGCAAGAUUUGCUUUCUAUCCUCCUUCCAUUCCGGUUUUCCGUUUGGCCGGUCAGCUCUCGGGAUGCUGCAUCUCUGUGGGAGCGUGCCUGCCAUCUGUGUGUGCUGGUGACGCCUACGACUUCUGCCAUCUAUGAGUUAACCUGGCAAGGGCUCUACUGGAAGUGCUUCAGGGCUGUGCAUGGACACUUUCUGCCUCUCAAAUGUAACUACAGAGGAGUAUUUAUUCAAAGCACAAUUGACUUGAACUUUCACAGAUGAAGGACAGCUUCUGAAGGGGCUCAAAGGUCAUCGGUGUGCCUUCAAUGCAGUCAUUUCAGCAGAGGUAAAACGACUGUCACAGCUCGGUCUUGUUGCCUGUUUCACUAUCUCCACUUUAAUCUCCUGCACUAUAAAGCUCGUUGGAGUGAGAUGUGUUUUUGUUCAUCUCGAUUUGGAUUGUUUUUAUUUUCUUUAAGUUUUCAUCUGUGCCUGUUGCCAUAGGAGUUUGUGUGUGUGUGUACGGAGCGGGAGCUGCUCUCAGAACUGUUGGCUGAGCAGAGUGUUAACUGCAGAAAGCAGUGAUCCUGAUCUAGGAGAUCAGGAAUGAAGGCUGUUUAAAUUACUGUGUUUAAGUAGCUAUGGGCAGUAAAUUAAUUGUUUUCAGUUGUUACAGCAAAUGCUUUUUUUUAAGAACUGUUUAGUAUUUGUAUAAGAUGAGCGAUCCUGGUAACGUCUGAAGGAUGUGGGCACUGGAUCUGCUCUGGAGGUGCAUCAGAAUAAAGAGGCAUCUCACAGCUUUCGCGAGGAGAUUUGGUCAGACUGAGAACAGCCCUGUUAGGACAGGACAUCAGAUAUGGCGGUACUGUAUGUUUCGGUUUGUGAGCUGGUACUGAUCACUUGUUUCUUGCAAACCUGUUUCUUUUCUCUUUAUAUCUUUUAAGUUCACUUACAAAGCCAGAGGGGAGAUACAAACUCUCUUCCCCAAGGACAAGGCUGAAAGAGUGGGUUGUUUAAGAGUGGCUAGCGCUUCCCUAGCCUCUUUCAAGCUGUUAUGACAGACUGCUGGAAAAACGAUGUGUGGAAGCACCUUCUGAGAACUAGAGCGCAGGGAAGAGGUUUUACCUCCUCAUGGAGAGCAGUGAGGUGUAUAAAGCUGUUUGACUUCGUUGCCUUCAACCCCAAGCUUCCUACACUAGUUCUUAGGAGUAAGGGAAAGGAAUAAGAGCUCUUGUAAGACAUUGUAAUAAACUCUCCUCUGUUCUCUGAGUUGUGUGUAAUCUACAUCUUCUGCCAGCUUCUGCUGUACCUGUCGGGAAACCUCUGCAAUAAUUGAUAUGGUAGAAAUUCCUUAGCGAUCCUGUGGAUUACCUUAAGUAAAUGGUGCUGUGCAGGAAAAAAGAUGUGAGCUCUGCCUUAUUCUCCUACACUUGUAUGGAGUCUCCUGGCACUAGUUUUCUGAAAUGGAAUAUUUUCUUCGCAGUAUGUGGCUUUCUGUUCCUCCCCUGUACUCAAGGGGGCUGGAUGGAGAUGCUAAGACAAUUAAAGGAAGGUGACAG